AUGGAAUUAUCUUUGAUGAGACUUCUGACGUGGCAAAUAAGGAACAGGUAAGUAUUUGCUUUCGAGUUGUCCAGGAAAACUUCCUGAUUGAAAAACUAUUCUUUGGCUUCUACCAAACUUCAAUUACUCUAGCGAUGUGAUAUAUGACAUUGUCAAAGAUGUUCUUUUACGAUUUCAAUUUUCUAUUAAUAUGUGUAGAGGACAGUCCUAUGAUGGUGCAGCUAAUGUUUCUGGUCAUUUCAAUGGUUUGCGCACAAAUAUUCUUCAAGAAGAACCUCGUGCAACAUACGUUCACUGUCGUGCACAUAAGCUGAACCUGGCAGUCCAAAAUGCAAUGAAAAACAACAAGGUAAUGAGAAAUAUAUUGAACAUGAUUCAAGAUUUAAUUGCUUUUAUACGUGGUUCUUCCAAACGAAUGGCUUGGUUUAGUGAAUUCAAUGAGAGUGAUGGUUUUAGUGGUGGAAAAUCACUACGACCAUUUUGCCCAACUCGUUGGACAAUGAGAUUGGUUUAA